GGGUCACACACAGGACCAAGCAGGAGCAGGACCUCAGCAUUUUUACUUUUUAUUACAAAUGGAGAAACAUGAAGAUGUUCAAUACUGUUUUCAGGACAGAAACUCUUCUUGCAGAAAGGCUUUUCUAUCGACAUCUAUCUACAUAACACUGUACAUCUUCUUCUCAUUGAUUUCAGCAGUUACAGUAUUUUUGAACGUACUGGUGAUCAUCUCCAUCUCUCACUUCAAGCAGCUCCACACUCCAACCAACCUGCUCAUCCUCUCUCUGGCUGUGUCAGAUCUCCUGGUGGGACUGAUUGUGAUACCAGUAGCAACUUUAACAAUAAUGGAACCAUGCUGGGGUUUUGGGGAAUAUUUCUGUGUGUUUCAAUUCUACAUUACUUUUUUAUGUACUACUUUAUCGCUUGGCAAUUUGGUCUUGAUAUCUAUUGACCGCUAUGUUGCUGUGUGUGAUCCCUUAUUGUACCACUCUAAAAUAACAAUAACAGGAACUAUCUGUUGUAUAUCCGUUACCUGGUGUUGUUGUAUCCUAUACGAUGCUGUUAUUAUACAAAACUUUGUAAAUGUACAGACACCCAGUAGGUGUUUAACAGAAUGUGUUAUUGUUGAAGGAAUAACAUGGGUUAAUAUAAUUUACAUUGUUUUUAUAAUGGUUGUCCCGUGCUCUAUUAUUAUAACACUUUAUAUGAAAAUCUUUGUGGUGGCCAGAUCACAGGCCAGAAAGGUAUUUUCAAAAGAGGCUGCCAGUGAGUCUGGUGUUCAAACUGUACAUGCAAAUAAGUCUGAGAGAAAAGCAGCAAAAACUCUAGGUAUUGUUGUUUUCACCUAUCUCCUUUCUUGGAUUCCAUCUCUAUUUAUUUACUUUGUUUUUUCUGUUAUAGGUGAUCAUUUAAUAUCAUAUUUCACCAGUUAUCUGGCAUUUGUUAAUUCCUUAAUUAAUCCAAUCAUUUAUGCUUUCUUUUAUCCAUGGUUCAAAGUGACAGCUAAACUUAUAUUAACUUUGAAGAUAAGACAUUUAUAGUUCCUAUAAUAUGAUUCACUAGUUCGGCAAACAUAGGUUUGAUAUAGUUUUGUUCAACAUUUGUUGUAAUUAUUUCAUGUUACAAUACACCGACAUGACUUAUCUCAGUGUUGUCAUGAUUGAUACAUGUGGUGUUGAUACUGAAUGUUUUGUCUGGAUUGGAAUGGAAUGCCUUGGAGAAGGCAUAUGAAGGAAUAAGCUUGUUUUAUAAAAUACAUUGUAGUCAUUGUGGAUUGUGUUCUCCAAAUACCUAAGGCUGUGGUUGUUCCAUGUUAAUGAUAAAUAGUAUGUAAGUGUUCUAAUAGUACAUUCUGAGGACGUCAUGAGUCAUUCUAUAUGUUGUUUAGUAUCUCCCUCUAGUGGCUCAAUUGUGACACAACGUCUUCAUCAAGUAAAGUAAAGUUCAAAUGAACAAGGAAUUUCCAGUUUGCUCACCAUUUAAUAUUAAGGCCACAUUUACAAAAUGUUAUUCAGCUAGGUAUUCUGACAUUUAUAAAUAACUACUACAGUAUAUACAUGAAUUAUUCAACACAACAGUGCAGGAGACCACAGCAGACACUUCAAACUCAACAUACUGGGUAUUGUCACAGACCGGCUCAUAGCCUGUGGCACAAAUGAGGGGACACGAACAGGUAUAAGCCAAUCAAAGAGGUUCUUUAUUGUAAACAAAACGAUUAACUUUAAACAAAGAAAAGGGAAUGAGGUGUGGAAGUAUCAUAAUGUGAGGUGUAUGUAAAGUAUCAUAAUGUAAGGUGUAUGUAAAGUAUCAUAAUGUAAGGUGUAGGUAAAGUGCAGGGAUGCGUGAAUCUGUGUGUGAAUAUGAGGGAGGGGGGGGGGGGCGCUUGGGAGUUCAAUUCAUUUUAUCUCAUUGUGCUUCUCUUGCAGUAUACUCAGAAUUAUGUAGGACUCAGUCCAAUGUUAAGUCCCUCAGUACUGACGCCCAUAAGUCUUUUUCCGUUGAGGCGUCGGUUUGGUAGAGCUGUUUAUACCACUCCUCCUCAGGUUUCACAUAGGUUGGUUCUUGUUUUAAUUCCAGUUCUUUCAGAGGCUGUUCGUUUGGCUCCCCCUGCUGGUCACUUUCCGUUGUGGCAGUUUCUUCCUGCACUCCCCAGUCAAUAGUUAGUCCUAGAGCCCAUAGAUGUGGCUCUGGAUCUGGGCCGGUUACUGGGGGAGGGGUCCGAUCUCUUUUGGUUUUUGCCAGAGACUCCAAUCACUAAGGACCCUCUGCCUGCAGGAGGAACCGCCCCUGCACUGCAGAGGAGGAGCCGUGACAGUAUGAACAAUACCUCUACUCUCACUACAUCACUGCUGCCAAGUCAGGGCUCACACCAGAGCAGCUCUCUCAGAUGCGGUUUACUCUGAAUGAAUAUAAAGAGUGGGUGUCACAAAAAAUAAUGUAUAAUGGAUCAGUAAAUUGUUUAUUCAUAAUUUAUGUAAUUAAUCUGAUAUUUAAGUAAACUGGUAAUUCACAUAAUUAUAAACAACGUUUAUAGUACACAAUGAUUCAUAAGAUCAUUCCAAAGAUGUGAAAUAAAUAUUUUAACC